CCGACCGAAAUCCGCGAGCACGCCACACGCCUCAGCACUUACCUUCGGGAUACAUUGCGCUGCAUUGAGCGCGCUGAUUCCCGGCCUGUGCCGGCAGAGCUCGUGAGGACUAUCGCCCACGGCACACUAACCUUCAUCCUCAAAACACAACACAGCACGGACCUUAACACGGUAUACGACGCCUCGAAAUCGUACAGGGCAUGUUAA